AGAAAAGCCAAAAGUCCCAUUCUCCUUCCUGCUUUUUGCUCGCGAAUCUUUGAUCUUUCACUUUCGAAUCUUCGCGUUUAGUGCUGAAAGAGGUGGAAAUCGAAGAACAAUGGAGUUUUCGAACAUCGUAGAUGUCACGCUUCUCUCCAUUUCAAAACCCUAAAAGAACAGAGCUCUUUUGUCUUUGAUCCUGAGAUUCACGCUUUCGAAAUCAACUAUUUUGUCCUUUCGAGUGGAUCUUGAGGAAUUUUAGGCAAUGGAAGUUGUUGAAUCGAUAUCCAUUCCUUCAAUUUCUGAUGGUGCGAGUGCGAGUGCGAGUGCUAGUGGUGGUCAAACGACAGAAUCGAAAUGCGAGUGUGGUUUAGCACCUGUGUUGAGGACAGCACUGACAUUCCAGAACAUGGGAAGAAGGUUUUGGGGAUGUCCAAAUUUCCUGACUGGAAAGCCUUGCAAGUUCUCCCAUUUUAUUCCUGGUGAUAAGGUGAUUGAGGGUAGAGCAAGGGAUCUGUUACUGAGGUUGAAAGAUAAGCAGCUUCGAUUUCAGUCCGAGAAUGAAAGGCUGAAGAAGGAAAAUGCUAAUCUGAUCAAGGAAAAUGCUGAUUUAAUGAAGGAAAUGGCUGAUUUGAUAAAGGGAAAUGAUGAUUUGAUGAAGGAAAAUGCUGGAUUAUUAGUGGAAAAUGGGAACUUGCUACACGAGAAUGGGGUCUUAAUAGCUGAAUCUGAAUCACUAGUGAAGAAGAUUAAGCAUUUGGAGAAGAAAGUGAAAAGAAGUGAGAAGAUUUGCAGAAGAUCACAAAAAGUUUGUAUCAUUUUGUGUGUGUUUUGCAUGUUAAGUGCUGUAUCUGCUAUUGGUCUGUUUAUUGGCCUACAGAGACUGCAUUAGAAUCCAGGUUUUUGUUAGUUUAUUAACCUAAAAAGGCUGCACUAGAAUCCAGGUUCUUGUGAGUUUAUUGGCCUAUAGAAGCAUUUCUUUUUGUCUGAACCAAUUGUAAUGUGCCUCUUUGCCAAAAACCUAAUAUAAUAUCGAAGAUUCUGUGCUGUUGAAAUCUGUUAUAAAUGUUGUACCUGAUU